UCAAUGUACUCUACAUAUCGCUAGCCCCUUUAGGUCCAAUGUAAACAAAGGUGAAAGGACCAUCACGUCAGUUCAUCUUGAGGUCUUGCCCUGAAGUGAAAUUGUACUUACCACAACUCAACCAUGAGUUUAUGGACUAUAUUUAAAGUGUUGAUCUUUGUUAACCUCAUUUUGAUGUUUGCACCUAUAUUUCCACCUUUUGAAGUCACCUACGAGAGCUUAACCUUUCACAAACGGCCAUUUGAUGGUCCUUUAACCCCCGACGAUCUCUUGGACCAAGCUGAAAUUUUGACCACAGCCGUCACUGGCUCAGAAUUGGGAUUCUUCAAGGGGCCCGAAUCUCUGUUAAUCAAGGAUAACUUCUUGUACACGGGUAUACAAGGCGGCAAUGUGGUUCGUUUGGACCUUAAAAACCCUCAGAAGCCUUGGGAAACGGUGGUCCAAACCGGCCAACACUGCCUUGGCCAAUAUGAAGAGAACAAGUGCGGACGGCCCUUGGGUUUGGCAUGGGACAUUGAUGGCCAAUUGAUUGUGGCCGAUGCCGCCCAUGGUUUGCUGAAAGUUGACAUUAGAACAAAGAAAAUCAUUUCCCUGGUGCCUUCCACUUUAGAUAUCCAAGGCAAGCACAAUCGGAUCACCAACUUCGUCACUGUAGCUCGAGAUGGAACUCUUUUCUAUACGACUUCGUCCACACUAUUUCAUUUGGGAGAAGGCGUUCUGGAGUUCUUUUCUAGUGGUUCGGGACGUUUGCUUCGUUAUGAUCCCAAAACGAAUACUUCUAAAGUCCUGCUCAAUGGAAUAUCUUUUGCCAAUGGCGUAGCCUUGUCUGAGAAUGAGGACUUUAUUUUACUCAACGAAGUGGGAAAGGCAAGGAUCAUGAAAUAUCACCUGAAAGGCGAUCUGGUUGAUCAAGUCGAAACGAUCUUGGAUACCCCAGGUUCCCCUGACAAUAUUCGACGAGUUAGCAACGAUCGCUAUUUGAUUGGAAUACCUAAUCCAUUGCUACCUGAUAGAUUCAGCCUUGUAGCGGACGUCAUUAUGAAGAAGUCUUUUUUAACCCGUUGGGUUUCUCGCAUUACUUAUGGAAUGAAAAUGAUCCCGGAACUGAUCAAUCGGCAUGUGUUUGAACAUGUUUGGCUUCAAAAAGCCUCCUAUUGGGCAGCCAACUUUGAGGGAAUGUUGCCAAUUUUGCCCAAAUAUGGUUUGGUUAUUGAAAUCGAUGGGACAGGGACAAUCUUGAGGUCAUGGCAUGGACCCCAAGGGGUUGUGCCGUUCAUCUGUGAGGCUAUUAUUUAUGACGGAUACAUGUAUUUGGCCAGUCCAUUCAACGAAUUCAUGGCUCGUGUGCGCGUUGAAAAUUGAUAUCUUCUGUUUAUAAAUGGUAUUUACAAGGGAUUUUGAAUUUCGAAAGAAAAUAUGAAGAGUCAUUAACGGGCUUUCGUCCCCAAAAAGGCAUUUUUGACAACAGUUUGUGGAUCGCCUUUACUGUCGCAGUUUUUCUAUGGCCUAAAUCCUGAUCCAAUUGUUGGUACCAUUUUGGCAUGCAUGAUUGAUUUUUCAUGGGUCAUUUAUUGGUUGGAGUUUUACGAAUAAAAGUUUUAGUGACUUGCCUGCA